AUGAGUGUAGAAUGAUGCAGCUGGAGAAGUAGAGGGAGGAGUCAUUUAACCAGCUAAAAGUGAAACCACUUCUAGCUAGCUUUGUAAUCCUCACCCGGAGAUUUGUCAAAGCAAAUUGUACAGGACAGUCAGACGCUCUCUCCCCUGAGCGAUAAUUUUUGCAAGAGUCUUUUUUGUCCCCUUUGUCUCUCCAGCUAAGACUAUGGAACCUUCUGGGAAAGAUAAUGAAGAGCCUGAACUAAAGUUUGUUUGUCGAAAGGACGAUAUCACAGGUGAUGAUGAUGAUGAUGUCAUGAGGGUGGAAAUGUCUUGUGGACAUGCUACGGUUCCUGCUUCUUUAACAAGUUGGUGCCGAAGUUUGUUAGACCAGGGUCACUUGAGGUUUCACUGCCCUGCUGAUGUUAAUGAGGAGAAAUGUGGGAAGGAAUGGUCCUAUCCGGAAGUCCGUCGAAAUGCUUUACUCACUGAAAUAGAACAACAGGACUUUGAAGAAAAGCUUGCAGUGUUUGCCGCUAAAUUUUACCAUGACUUCAAAGAGUGUCCCAACUGCAAAAGCUUUGUGGAACGCCAUGAUCUGAAAAACCUGAGGGUGGUCUGUAUCCUCUGCCGUUCGCUGAAGGGGGAAGUCUUUGAGUUCUGCUGGCAGUGCCUGAAGCCCUGGAAAGGUGCUGGAGCACCCUCCGAGAGGUGUGCAAAUGAGGGAUGCAAGAACCAGUCCCUGGAAGUCUUAGCAAACUGCAAGCUGAAGGAUCUUCCAGGAAGUGAAAUAAAAAACUGUCCCUCCAUCCGUGCUUGUCCCACCUGUGGGCGACUCAUUGAGCACAUAGAAAAGUGCAAAUAUAUUGUAUGUCCACAAUGUCACGUUGAAUUUUGUUUCGCUUGCCUUGAAAUUGCUCGUAACUGCAAAGCCAGCAAAGGUGGUGCCUAUUUUCAAUACUGUGUGAAGCCACUAGCUCCAAAACAAACACAAAUUCCGGUAUGGGCUCAGAAAUAAGCAAAAUUGUUCCAGCCAUACCGGCCAGGGAGAUUGGGAAAUGCCCCAGGAUCAGUACCCAGCUCCGUGCAAUACUUCCGAAUGCUACGUUAUCUCUCCUGUUAAAUUAAGCUUGAUGGACAGAUAAGAGAUUGAUCGAGAGUCAGGACAAGCACAUCCCCUCCAAUGACAUUUUUUCCAGGAAGGAUAGUGUGUGUUGGGGGGGAUAUUAUAGGUCUGCUACACCUGAUAUUUAAGCCAUACGUGAAAAAAGAAAUGCUUGUAAUAUAAUAUAUAUAUAUGCUAUUUUUGUAGCUUGUUUAUGAUACUGGAGAACCCAUGUAAUUAACAGAUACUCAGAUUUUCCUGGUUCAUAAAUUCAUAAAUCAUAAUUGUAUUUCCCCUCUCUACAAGGUGGCGAAGACUGAACCAAACUUGAAUAAAACCAAAUACGAAUGUUUUUAUUUUCAUACGCUUAGGAUAAAGAGGUUCGUCUUGGCUUUU